AUGUCCUCAAACAAUAGGAUGUUCAAUCCUGCUGUGGGCCGGCCUAACCUUCAUCUUUCAGCAUCUGGAUCGUCACCAGCCGGCAGUGAAUACAACCAUGCUAGACAAGAACACCAGCACCAGCAUCGUCGACCUUUCGGAAACGUGACCAACACGCAGCUGCCGCUGUCUGCUAGUAUGGAAUGGAAGCACCAUAAGCAACAUCCGUCACUCCACAAGCAACAGAGCGCAAUGCUUGGGUAUCUCCCACAUGUACCAUCGCUCCCCAAUCAUCCUCAUCGUCCGCAGGAUCCUUUGGCCUUUGGAAAGUACAAAGCAAGAUUUGAUCCUUUUGGUGCGCCGCCUCUCAUUCCACACGUUGACCAGCAACACCAUCAGUACACGCAAGUACAUCAAACGCAGCUGCCACAACAAGUAGUAGCUUCUACCGAUGGCGUCAUGUCAUCUUCGUCAUUGGUCCUUCCUGGAACAUCCUCAUCGCAUUCGUCAAUGCUAAGAGUUGAGGGCUCUACCACUGUGACUCCUCCAGGCACAGAUCCUCAAGCAACCCAUCACCUUUACGUUGCCAAUCUAAGAUCCGAAAACGAUGUGCGAGCCGUGUUUCGUCUUGUUCAAUCUUCCGGUCAAACCAAAACAGUGUAUUCAGACUUGCUGCACAGCUCAGGCAUACUGAUGGUGACAUUCUAUGAUCUAAGAGAAGCAGCAUUUGCAUUGGAAGCACUUGAAUCGUUCAUCUCAUCCGAGUAUCAAGAAGGAGUUAUAGCGACAUACAUAUCCGAUGUUCGAUUUGCUCAGCUGUCCAACACCCCACCUCAAGACAGCCGAUGCGCUAGAACAGUAACUUUAACUCUCUGUGGUGCUCAUAAUCGCUUGGUGGAAUUCAAUUACAAGGAAUUCUUCGAUACUUGGGGAGCUACAAGAAGUAUGACUGGGAUGGAAUUCUCCGGUAGUCGGCGCACGAUCGAGGUUGAAUACUUUGACCAACGUGUUGCCUCCCAAGUCACAGCUGAGCUGCACAAUCACGCCUAUCAGGGUAUCUCUUUCCAUGUCUGCAGCGCUUGGCUUGGUGCUACUAGUGGUAUUGCUUUCACUCCACCUGAUGCUGGACUCUUUGAUUCUCCCACGUCGCGGUUUUCCUCGUCGCCGGCGAGUUACUUUACUUUCACUGAUACUUCCGCUUCCGGUGCUGUGCACGCCCGACAACAAUCUGCAAACGAACAGCUACUAUUGACCACUGAGCACCGCCCACAUCAUCUUCCGCCGAGUUCCUCAGCGUUUCGACUGUUUCAUCCAGAACAUCAGCACCAUCAUCUACAACCGACUAGCGCUUCUCUACCCGCUGCUCUUAUGAUUGCUCCUUCCAAUGUUAGUCCUGGAUCCAAUCCAGCAGCAACAUCGCCCUUCAGCUUAUUUUCCAGCGUGCAACCAUUCGGUUUUGAAGAACAACGUCAUCCUAUCCAACCGUGUAGUAGUACACUGGAACGUGGAUCUGGCGAUUCCUCUUCUUCGAGCCAUGAAGCAAUGUCGACAGCAAGAGAACUUGUAGGAGAACAUAUUCAUCGCCCUCUCGCUACCUCACGUGGUCCGUCAGUAAGCGCCUCUUCAUCGUCAUUGCAAAGCCAGGAUAACACGUUCAGUAUUGAACGUGUGCGCAAUGGAAGCGAUACCCGAACCACGUUCAUGAUCCGUAACAUACCAAACAAAUAUACCCAGCUAUCACCACCUAUUGAUCUUUGA